AUGCGAGUGGCAAUGCGGCGUACCCUGCUUAUCCGCGGCCUGCCGUCGCCACCCUGCUCUGCCGCCUUUCCCAACGAUUCGUCAGUCAUGCAAGGGGAACAGCAGCACCUGCACCUGUCAUCCGCCGGAGGGGGGGAUGUGGAUUUGACGCUUCGGCUACAGGAUCACUUGGCAAAGCUCAGUGAGAAGCUCACUCACGCCGAUGGUGUUAUUCAGCAGCAGGCAACAGCAUUUUCUAUGCUGCGGCGGCAGCAGGCGGUGCUGGAGCGGCGCGUGGUGGCGAUGGAGGAAGAGGCCGCGCGGAUGCAGCAAAAAAUUGCCGAGACAACGCGGCUGGCCUCCGAUGUGGUCUUGCAGCACCGUAACGUGGAGGCGCUGGUGCAACAGAUGGAGAAAGUUGUGCUGAAGCAUGUCGCCUCCCCGAAGGAUGGGAAGCCUGCCGGUGGCGAUGCGUCCCCUUCUACAGGCGGGAGUCGUGGAGAAGAACAAACGCUGCCGCAGGCCAUGCAAACAACAUCGACCUACUCUGCCGUCAACACGGAGCUCCACACAACAGCAACCCUUCCAUCCUUGUCUUCUACUGCCUCGUCUUCUGUGAGUGCGGCAGGCUACGCGGUUGCAGGGGUGGAGGCGCAGGUUUCUGCAGUCAGUGCCCGACUGGAGGCGCUGCAGGCCCGCAUCGACCAGCUUACAUUGGGGAAACUGGCUUUGGAUAAGGUUCAAUUGCACGCUCAGAAACUGACGAACAAUCACCAAGAACAGGAAGCGCUGGUAGGGAAGGCCGUAUCUUGCGUUACGGAAGCCGCAGGAGUCGGGGGUGGAAGUGGCAGUGGUAUGGGCGCGACCGAGCGCUCCACCGAGGCUCUCGCAGCGCUGCUGAAGAGCACUGGGGCGUUUCCCUUUAAGGACGCCACCGGGGCCACGCGCAUCAGCAGCCAAAAGGUGCUCGUCCGCGGCGUUCCUGUAAACGUUGGGGCUUCAGAUAUUCGUGACUUGUUUUCUCACGUAGGAGUUGUUGUGUCGUGCGUGGUGCGGCGAAUGCCAGCUGCACCGGAGGCGACUAAGGCAUCACCACACUUCUCCCGCUACCGCUCGCAGCGGCAGGAGGAGGAGGGCGAUGGGAAAGCGGUGAGAGAAGCGGCGACGGCUGAUGGUCCCGUGACUAGUGCUACGGCCACCCACGCAACUGCCGCCGAGGUGCAGGAGCGCACCUUUGAGGUGACAUAUCAUACGGUGGAACAAGCGGUGCGGGCGGUUCUUCAGCUGGACGCAUACAAACUGCAUGGAAAGCACGUGAUUUCGGUGGAGCCGAUGGUCGCGGCUGACAUUAUCGCAGCCAUACAGCAGUUGGAGCAGGAGUUUAAGCGGCGGUGA